UAGAGGGACGUAGGGUGAAAAUUAUUUGGAAGAGAGCAGACGGCGGUGGGGAGUGAAGAGAGGCGGACUGAAAGUGUGGAGUGUCCGCUUUGGAUUUUGUGUGUCGAUCCCAGAGAAUUUAUUCGUGGUGUUCGCUUUGGAUCUUGUGUGUUGAUCCCAGAGAAUUUAUUCGUGGUGUUCGCUUUGGAUCUUGUGUGUUGAUCCCAGAGAAGAUAUUCUUAGUCGUCGACUAGGUGUCUGCCAAGUCAUCACUUACUCCUAUUAAGAACCGGAACGUGUAUGUGGUUCCCCCUAAAAGUUUUGUUUGUGGAUAUCAGUCAAGUGUUGCCAAGACUGCACAAUUUCUGGAUCAGGGAAAGGGAGGAAUUUACCAGGACGUUUUAUUUUUGGGUUGCACAGACGUUCUCUUCAGGCAGUACGGUGUGAGUAACUAAGACUUUAACGAAAUAUUCAAAAAAAACAUACGUCAACUUUGAUUUACAGGCCGCGGCGUGGAAGACCUACAGACUUUAUAUAUAUAUAGUUCGCAGUAUCGUGAGUGUGUGUUUAAUGUUCACUGCUAUAAAAGUUUCGUUGCCCAUGACAAAUCUAUGUGAUUUGUGAAUGAAAGAACACGUAAGGGGUCUUGUGCGUACAGUUAGUGCGAGUAGUGUGAAAGUGUGAAUUGAACGCGUCCCUGACACUCUAGUUCCCCACUUUACUUAAACCCAAACAGAAUAAAAUUCCGGUUUUGCUGCGCGGUAGACGUUGUGUAUUUGGUUUUAGUGACAGGAAAUAAAAACCAGUUGGGUUUUCCAGAUAAAGAGGGAAGUAACUGGUUAGAAUAUAAGAGGGGAGAGGUUUGGACAAGUGGGCACACAUGCAUUGGAUUUGUGUGUCCGUGAACGAGAUAUGGCGGCAGCCUGAGGUCAAGAGGUCACCGUAAUUUAGUGUUGACUGAGCGCACGCGCACUAAACAAUGCUAACAGUGUGUGUGUGUGGACAGAUGAAGAACACUUGGCGGAUGGCGUUGAUUAUACCAGCUAAUAUAGUUGCAAUUAGUGGGUCAAAGGUUAAGUCAACAGCGACGGUGAAGACAAGAUUUCUGGCAGAUGAGAGGGCUUAUGCUGAUCUUGUCGAGGUUGAUGGUUUUAAGAUGGUCCGAGUUUGGGAGUUAGUUUUCUCCUUUCUGCUUUUCAUGAACAAGAAAACCCCUGUUUUAUCGUUUAUCUUCAGUUUGUUUUGCACCAUACUAUCUUCGAUGUCUUUUCCACGGACCUACACAUUAGACCCCAACUGCAGUCCGUGAGAGUUUUCCCAAGUAACGAUGUGGUACAGUUGUAUUGUUAUUGUGAUGACUCAUCUUCAUGUCCGCAUCCUGUUUUCCAUGUGCAAGUAAACGGCUUGUCGCCCUGUCAUUACGCAGAUGUGAAAGAUAUCAACUGAGGGAGGAUACAAAUAUUCCAAAGUUUGAAGUUCGUCAAAUACAGUCUCACCGGAAUGAGUAAGAACUUUCAGCUUACCACGUUUCAAACUUUAGCUGUGCUUCAUAUUUGUAUCUGACAAGGAAGAUACAAGACUCAGUCGAGUGACCAGACUAAACUUUGUGAGGGCUGCUUGCAUUCUGCAUCAUUGGCCACAGUGUACAGACUCCCCGUGUCAUUCAAUACACAUAACAAGUAACAUUUCAUGACAUCACAUGAUGUCUAACUUAAUACAAACUCAUCAAGAAAUUCGGCAGACAAGCGCCACACCUCUGGAGAUCCCUGUGCUACUCAACUCGGCUGUGGAGGCUGGUAACUGGUCUUUGGUCAGAGAACUCAUUUCAAAUGAUGAUGUCUCAGCGGUGUCGUCAGUCAAUCAUUUCUUUUGCAGAAACUGGCCAUUGCUACAGUGACUAGACAUCAGAUUGUUCACGACAUACUGAACAAACUAUUUUCAAAAAACAGAUGUACCUCAGAACUAAACAAUAUUGCACAAGAUGCUGUCGUUGAAGCGGCAAAAUGUAGCAACUGGAUCACCUUUUUGACUUUCCUUUCGGUACCAAACAUUCAGCUGGAAGAUGAGACAAAACUAUUGUCAGUAAUAGAGAUUGUGGAAGAAAGCCAGAUACUCAGAGAAAAGCCUUGUCUGCAAAUAGAUGUUCUUAGCGCUGUUUGGAGAUAUUCACGACAAACGAUUCUGGAUUGCAAGGACAAGAGCAUUCUGAACAUUUUUAUCGGACUGGUAGCAGAACUCAACAUGUGGUCACGUGUCUGUGACCUUCUCGUUGCCAAGCCGGACCUGAACCGCCUGGACAGGGAUGGCCUGUCAGUUUUGCACAGACUCGUCAUGUGUCCUGACAGCAGGUUUGACUCCCUUCUUCUCCUGUUACUUGAAAAUGGAGCUAACAUCAACAACAAGACUUCGAAAGGAGACACAAUACUGCAUCUGGCAGCAAAACAUCAAAAGGUGUUAACAAUGAAUCAGCCAUCACCCCCAAUGUGCAUGGAUUGUGUGUAUCACGAUGAGCACCGUAGGUUAAAGUUUAUUGCGGAAAUUUGUCAAUAAACGUGCUGAAUUUAAACGCCAGUUGUUAACAAGAUUAAUUAGGUCUUGUGAAAGCUUUGACGAUUGUGAUGACCAAGGGAACACGGCGGUGAUGCUGGCUGCAAAAAACAUUAACUGGGAAUUCCUGAAACUGUUGCUGGCAAAUGGCGCCAUGGCGAGUCACGUUGACCAGCAUCAGAGAUCCCUGCUGCAUGUUCUCGUGCUCUAUGGAUCUUACAUGGAUCCUGUCACAUGUCGAGAUCUUGAUCUUGUCACACUGUGUGUCAACAGAGGAGCGGAACUGAACUGCGUGGACUGCGACGGAAAUUCAGCUCUACAUCUGGCCGUGAAGUCCAACAACUGGAUUCUAUGUAAAUCUUUGAUAAAACAUGGGGCGGACACGGGACUCAUGGACUCUACGGGGUUCAACGUUUUGCACAGACUGGCUAUUGACUGAAAUACAAUACUCACACCACGUCUGUAUGUUACUUCCGCUUAUCGGCCUUCCAAAUACCGACGUGAACACUCUGAGUCGAACAGGCAACACUGUCUUGAACAUAGCUGCCACUAAACAGAACUGGUCCUUGGUCAAAUGUUUAUUGUACCUUGGGGUUAACACAAAUCUUUGUAAUAUAGAAGGGUUUACUAUUUUACAUAUUGCUGCCAUGACCACGCCCACCUCUCAACAUGGUGAGCAGGCGUCACCCAAUGACAAGUCAGACCUGUUACGUGUUUUUGAUUUUGUCGUUAAAAAAACUGUUGACCUCGAGUUGCCCUGUUCAACAGGUGACACGGCGCUCAAUCUGGCGGCAAAACACGAAAACUGGAUUAUGGCCAGAUACUUGAUUGAAAGAGGAGCAAACACAAACACGUUAGACAGCGAGGGUGUUCAUUUAAUUCAAAGGUUAAUCAAAGGAAGAACUGAGAACAGAGACAGUCUUCUAGUUUUUAAUCUUUGUUAUCAUGUAACCAGUGUUGAAGCCACGGAUUCAGUUCUGCAGCUUGCUGCCAAAGAAGAGAACUGGAUGCUUGUAGAUCAUGUACUGAAGAGUCUAGGAGGGAAUGUAGACACGAUAGACAGCCAAGGACAAAGUGUUUUACAAGAAUGGCAACAAGCACAAGCAAGACUUUCAAGGAAGGGGCGAGCUGUCCUUACGUCAAAACUAUUUUGGGAAAAUCUGGAACAUCUGGACAACCAUCAAGUCGACCUACUCAUCCAUCUGGCGGCUUCAGCUGGGAAUAUCAAAGUCGUCCAUGAAUUGCUGGACAGGUUUGAUGAGGUCAACAGGACAGAUGGUCAGGGCUUCACAGUCCUGCACAAAGUGGCCCAGUGCUGCUCGUCAAGCUCAGUAAACAUUAUCAAACGACUUGUCGUCAAGGGAGCAGAUGUACAAGUGAGAUGUCCAAGCGGAGAUACAGCGCUUCAGCUGGCAGCUAAGAGUGGUAACUGGCUGGCGGUCAAACCCUUACUAGAGUCUGGAGCGAGAGUGGAUUCCGUUGAUAGUUCUGGCAUGUCUCUUCUCCAUCGACUGACCGAUCAGUCGCAGUUGAACAAAAUGUUGGAGAAUUUCUCUGAGGUAGAGAAACUUGUCCGCGAUCUUGUUACUUUAUUAGCCAAAGACAUUAUGGUUAAUCUGAAGGAUCCCUAUGGCAACACACCUUUACAUCUAACUGUAACAAAUAAACAAUGGGGCAUGGCAAUAGAGCUUUUAACUACAGGGGCGUCGCUUAACAAACGGGAUUCACAAGGAUACACUGUCUUGCACAAACUUGCCCAGGUGCGACAGGAAAUAGUAACCGUCAAAUCGUCUACGAAAAGCAUCAGUCACCUAGACAUUAUCGACUUAAUCAAUCACAGUGUCCUUAUCGAUGAUUGUGAUCCUUACGGCAACACGGCAUUAAUGCUGUCGGCGAGAGACAACAACUGGGAAACCGUCGACCGAUUAUUAAAAAAAGGGGCUAAUGUUUCCGUGAGAGACAAUAAGGGUUUGACAGUACUCCAUAGGCUAGCAACAACUACAGCGACUUCACUGGAUACGAAGCGGGGCUUGAUGAGCACUAUUCUGGACAACAUUAUCUCACGUGGUGUUGACGUCAAUGCACGUGACCCAGAUGGCAACACACCGCUGCAACUGGCCGCGAAAUAUGGGAACAUGGAGAUGGUGGAGCGUCUCCUAGAGUUUGUAGUCAACGUCAACGAGACUGACAGUGAUGGCUUCACCUUGUUGUCCAGAGUCGCUCAGACCCAGUCUCCCAGAUGUAAGGACAUCGCCAGGCUCCUGAAGGAGAAAGGUGCUGACGUCAACAAGACAAGUCCUGAUGGCAAGAUACCGUUACUUCAGUCGAUCCUAUCACGAAACUGGUCUGUAACAGAAGAACUUUGGCAUUUGACUUCGAAAAACACUUUUGCUUGUUUAUUUCAAGAAGAAUUCCUACUUCUACAUCGCCUUCUAGAAGGUAGUCCCCAUUCAUAUUUGAUAAAUGAUGUGCUUAGGGAACGAGAAGACAUAUUAAUGCAUAGAAGUUUGAACGGCAUGUCAGUCAUUCAGCUCGCAUUCGCAAGUAAAAAAUGGCAUCUGGUUGUUGACUUUUUUGAGAAGGGUGGAUACACAGACUUUGAAGCUAUUUCGGGAGACACCGUUUUUCAUGGCUUAGCAGAAUGUUGCAAACAAAGAUACAUAUCAGACUUAAUCCCUAGUGUGAUGCCAAACAUUCAUCUUAACAUCAACCUACGUGAUGAUAACGGAAACACUCCUUUAAACAUCUUGAGUAGUGCAACAACUGGGAUUCGAUCAAGCCAUUUCUAAAGCAUGGAGCUGAUGUGAACUUGCCUGACAAAGAUGGGUUUACUGCUAUUCACAGAUUAGCUAAGUGUUCCCGUUUUUAUCUGUCAAACGUACUAAACACAUGCGUGGAAUACGGAGGAGAUAUAAAUAGGCACGGACCAAGACAUGAAACAGCUGUGAUACUGGCACUAGAGAACAGGAACUGGCCAAUCUUUUGGCAACUUUUACAGUUAGGAGCUUGUUUCGACUUGUCUCAAGCUGAUAAAUCUUUUUUUCUGAAAAAACUGUGUCAUUUUCCAAGAAGUAACAUGCAUUUAGAAAAGCUGUCGGAAAUCAUAAUUUGUCUCAUGCAACCAGGUUCAAAUUUUUCUAUCGUCACACAAGUGUACUUGAAACACAUGACUCUUCCAAAAAACGCAUCAGUUAUGCUGUGUCCACAACAACUAAGCAGCACUUUCAGACUGGAUCAUGUUCUGAAAUCAGUACCCUAGAGAAAUCAUUUGAAAAGUGCAUCAGGCAUUCGAAUUGGACGGUGGCCAGCCUACUGCUUCAGUAUGGACCUACAAUCGACAUUAAAAGAUUAUUUUUUGGAAAACCUCUAAUCCACGUGAUCGUUUCCUUAUAUCUAAACAAAGACAAUGAAACCUGGCUGGCUUUUCUGACUAAGCUACUUGAUUGUGGACUUGACAUCAACAGUGAUGAUGAGAAGG